GGGGGGGCGUCCGGGCCCCUCACGGCCCCUCCUGCGGGACAGGGCGGGGGCUGCUCCCUCCCCUCCUGCCCCCCCCUCUAGCGCGGGGGCCCCAGGGCCUGUCCCGGGCCCGUCGGUGGGAGCCGGAGCUGGGAGGGGCUCGGCCGGGGCCUGCCCGGGGCCUGUCCGGUGUUAGCGCCUCACCCGGCUCGUGGGGGUCCUCGGGAAGUUGGCACGAGACCUGUGACCCCGAAGUUAAAGCGACGCCUGGUCGUGUUCUAGGGAAGUCCUGCGUUUCGUUAAAAGUUUGAGAAACUCUUUUUCUUUUCCUUCAGAGCGCUCCGGGGUUUUCCUUUCCUACAUGAAACGUGGUCAUGGCAGACCCGGAGUAUGUGCUUUGCAAGUGGAGGAAGCGUUUGUGGCCAGCGAAGGUUUUGUGCAAAAGUGGAGAUGCUGGAAAAUCAUCCAUCGCUAAUGCAGAGGAGGCUUCUCUGGAAGUCGAAAUACUUGGCUUAAAAGAAAAGGUUAGUGUGAGCUCUGCAGAUGCAGCUCCACUGAAUGAGGAACGUAUAGAAGAUAUUGCCUCUAACUUAGGUGAAAAGACAGAUGCUAGUGAAGUUGUGGAUGAACUGAAAUAUCGAUGUGCUCUUAGAACUGCUCUGGAUUUUUUGAGUGACAAUGCAUCAGCCAGACAAGUGCCACAGUUAAAAGAGGGAGUGAGUCCUCGGUUAUCUGAGGCGAAUAAUAGGGGGUCUCUCUCAUGUACCUUCUUACGUAGCUGUCGGUCACUCUGUCACCUUAAAGAAAAGUUGGAGCCUGAGACUCCCAAGAAGAAAACAGAGAGAAAAAAUAGCCCCAACCUGAAGACUGAUAUAAGAAAACAAAACCAGAAAUGUUCUCUCCUUUUGGAGAAGAGGGCUAAAGCAAAUGAAAAUGGAACAAAGCCUUCAAAACAUAGUGCUGGGGACUUGUGUAAUACAUCAAACUCAAAUGGUCAAAAUUGCACAAUGCCAGAAUCACAAUCACUAUCGAGACAGAAAAGAGCCAAAUCCAGUUUGUCAACAAAGUCCCAAACAGAAAAUAAACUUGUGCUUAAGCCAAAGGAGGAAAAAAGUAAACAAGGACAAAGAAGACCAGGUGCAGGAUCACCUGUGCGACUUCCAAAUAACCUCCCCAAAGUUCAAGCACAGCCUCUUGCUGAGGACACUUCUCUGUCUGUGACCUGUAAGUCUUACACAGUGGCAAAUGUCAGAAGCAGGACAAACAGUAGGUGUCAGCCUAAAAGGGUGUUACUGGAUUUAUCUUGUAAAAGUGCCUCUGACUUGGAGAAGAACAUCAGAAAUGAGAGCAAAAAUCUAGUAAAGCAAUUGGGUGGGGGAAAAAAAACAGCGAGUUCGAAGCAACUAAAAGAACGAGAGACCAGUGCACCUGUGUCCUCGUACAGAAAAAGGAAAUGCAGAAAUGGCCCUGAGCCUUCAUCCAGGCCUUCUCACCGUGGAAAGCUUUCUGAUGGUUUUCUCUCCCAGCCUGAAGAGGAGGAAAGCAAGGAUACUCCACGUGUGCCUGCGAGUAAAGUACAGGAGUUUCAGCUGUCUGACUUCAACGAAGAUGAAGGACUGGAGUCUUCUGACCUGCCUUCAGAGAUCUCUUUCACAGAGAAUCUCUCUCACCUCUCAGCUCUGGUAGAUGAAGAUGAGGAGGAGGAUGAAGAACUCCCUAGUAUUCUAUCUCAUCAAGAGCCACAAUUGAUUGAGGAAGGGAUUUUGGUCUGGUGCAAAUGGCAAAGGCAUCCUUAUUGGCCAGCAGUGGUGAGAAAAGUGAAGCGGAAACACAGAAAGGCAAAUGUGCUGUUCAUAGAAGGAAAUGUAAAUGACAAGAAAAAAGGCUUCUCAGUAUCUCUUAAGAGUCUGAAGCACUUUGAUUGUGAAGAAAAGCAGGACCUCAUUGACCAAGCCAAAGAAGAACAUCGCCAAGAAAUUGAGUGGUGUAUUCAAUUGAUCUCUGAUUAUCGAAUUAGAGUAGGCUAUCCAGUUAGAAAGCAGUGUUAUCAAGGUUUAGUCCAAAUGACAUUUCCAAACAUAGCGGAAGAAAAUCUCGAAGAGUCUUUAUCAGAAGCUUCACCUCAGAAGCCUUCUAAGAAACUUCUUCCUGACAGAACAAGGGCUGCCAGAGAUAAAGCAAAUAAAAAGAUAGUGGAGUUUAUAGUGAAGACUAAGGGGGCAGAAGAGCAUCUCUUGGCUAUUUUGAAAAGCAGAAAACAGUCUCGGUGGAUGAAGGAAUUCCUGAAUUCAAGUCAGUAUGUGACCUGCAUUGAAACUUAUUUAGAGGAUGAAGAACAAUUGGACCUAGUAGUAAACUACCUGAAGGAAGUAUAUCAUGAAAUAGACACCGAAAAUCUCCGUCAAAUAAAUGGAGAUAGAAUAAAAUUUAUUUCGGAUGUUCUUUUGCCUGAAGCCAUAAUUUAUGCGAUUUCUGCUGUGGACGACAUAGACUACAAAAAAGCAGAAGAGAAAUACAUAAAAGGACCAUCUGUGAGCAAAAGGGAGAGAGAGAAAUUUGAUGAAGAAAUUCUGGAAAGAAAAAAGUUGAAGACCGAAUUGGAAUCUGCAGACAGCCUAUAAAAAGGGUGGUACAAACUUUCACGUGUUGCACUGGCACUGUAUAUAUUGGAGAAGUGAUUAUUUGUAUUAAAAUCAUUCUUGCUUUUUAAAAUCUGUGUAGGUAUCUUUAAAAUGUGAUCGUUACAAUGCUGCAUUACUGUCGGAUGUGGUUGUAUCUUCAGUCCUUGCUGCCGCCUCUGUACUGGAGCUGUGCGCUGCUUCCCUUUGUCCCGCCGUGUUGAACUGCCUGCAAGAGGUGAUGCAAACUGCAGUAAUCCUGCAGGUGUGCUGCCAAUCCGUCCUCAUCCAGCCAGUGCACUUAACGUGGGAUUUACAGGAACACAGCAAGUGUUUUGGAGAGCUGCUCGAUGCAGCUGUUUAAGUCUUGUGUGAAUUACUGACCAAAUUUCUGACAAAGGAAGGGCUAUUGUCCUCAGAAAAAUAUGUACUGAUAAUUUAUGUAGCCUUGUAUUAUUGUCUGGUGACUUUGCUGCUACCUGAAUAUGCACAGGUUUUCUGCCCGGAAGUGUUUUGGACAGUUUUUUUUUUGUCUUAAAGGUGUGGGAAAUAAAAUUGGUACCUACUUGUGCAAUCCAAUUCACAAUGGCUUUGUUCCUGUUGAUAGAACGACUGCAACAUUCAGCAGAAAAGGAAUCUAGUGUUUGUUUGAAAAGAAAAAGCCUUUGCUUUUCCAUUUUUUAAAAGUGAAUCUAUUUUGAAUGCUAUUUUAAAAAUGUUUGAUUGUCAGUGAUUUUUCAGGAGCACUUUUAACUGUUUUUAUCUGAUUUAAAUAUCAAGUUUAAUCAGGCGUUGUUACCUCCCUCAGCUUUUGCUGAAAUUCUGACAGACCUUUAGCAUAAUUGAUAACUAUUUAGUGAUGGAAGCUCAGUGAUCAUUAUUUUUGUGUAUUACAGUCAAAGGGUGAUAUAGUUGUCCAGUAAAAAAAAAAACAAACAGGUGGUUUGAAAUUAAACAGGGGAACUUAAAUGUGAAAUUGGAUAGUGAUAUAUAUUCUGGCCACAGUAAUUAUCUGAAUAUAUUUUAAUUACUUUUAAUUACAUGGUACUCUGAGACUGAAUAUGCACUUGCAAUCCUUGUGUUUGCAUAGCAAAGUGACAUUCGCAAAUACUGAAAUCAUGUAAUAAAUACUGAGAUGGGCUUUAUUUCAGUUUUCAUUAGAACGUGUGAUAGGGGGUAAUGCAUCUUUUGUACAUGUGAUAGCCCAAAGCAGUUACAGAAUUAACUCCAGAGGAGAGUGAUACCUGCAAGCAGAGUUGUGUCAUGUACAGCUGCUUCAGGCUGCAUGAGCUUCUUCCCCGGGGGAAAAAAAAAAUGCUGCUGCAAAUACCCGUCCUGCAGGCGCUGUUUGUUGGGGGUUCAAAGAAAUCAAACUGGCCUCGGGCUCCUUCUUCUUUAUCACAUCCCCAAAGUACUGUUAAGAUCCUUUUUCAAACCGCUGCACGGAAAUAAACUUCUGCCCCCCUUGCCUUUACCUAAUUCUUCACUUUUCAUAACAUCCAUCUCAAUCUUAGCUGGAUGUUUAAAAUGAGAACUCGUCUGUGUCAAAUCAAAUUGCAUCCUUCUGAAGGACAGCUAGGAGUGUCCAUAGAGUUUAAGCACUUUAAAAUGUUUACAUCUUUAAGAACACUUAACAUCUUGGCAUUGCUUAUACUACUUUAACUAGUCAUAGAUGGAGACCAAAUUCACUCUUGCAAUGUACAGUAUUAUGUGGUCUUAAUUAACAGUGGUGGAAUAAAGAAGUGAAUCCUCA